AUGUCCUCCCCCAGUCCUGAGGAUGCCCCCCAAGAGCCGGAGCAGGGAUCCUCCAGCUCCAAGACCAAGAAGCCGAGGAAGCGGUCGCAGCAGGAGGCCAGUAUCCCUGUGCUUACCCGCAUGGGUCACGGGGCCCUGCUGGCCGGCCGCCACCGCGAGGCCGUGGCCAGCUUCCAGAGGGCUUUCCUGCUGGCCUCCACAGCCUCCAGCGCCAAAGGAGCCCCAGUGCUCCGCGCCUGUGCCUUCAACCUGGGGGCCGCCUACGUGGAGACAGGGGACCCGGUGCGGGGCCUGGAGCUGCUCCUGCGGGCUCAGCCUGAGGAGGGGCCCCUGGGAGGCAGCCAGGGCGACCAGUGUUUCAAUGUAGCCGUGGCCUACCACGCCCUGGGUGACCUGCCCCAGGCUCUGGGCUGGUACCGCAGAGCCCUGAGUCACCACCAGCCUCCCGGAGACCAGGGCCUGGUGCAGGCUCGGAUGGGAGCCUGCUACCGCGCUCUGGGGCAGCCAGAGCUGGCCGCGCACUGCCUGCAGGAGGCGGGCCGGGCACACGAGCAGGCGGGGCGGCCCCGGGAAGCGGCCCUGGCGCUGGGGGCAGCUGCAGGUUGCAUGCUGGACAGCGGGCAGCAUGGCGUGCGAGAGAUGGUGCAGGUGCUGGAGGACAGCCGGGAGUUGGCUGAGAGGAGUCCUGAGCGUGGGCUGUUGGGGCAACUCUACAAUGACCUGGGCCUGGGCUACUCGCAGCUGCAGCUGUUCCCACUGGCCAUGGAGGCCUUCCUACAGGCCUUGCCCCUGUGCCAGGGGCCGGGGGAGGAGGCCACUGUGUUGAGGAACCUUGGGAUGGCCCACACUGCCCUUGGCAACUACCAGGAAUCCCGGGCCUUUCACCAGAAGGCUGCCGACCUGCAUGGCUCUAUAGGGCAGCGCUGGGAGCAAGGGCGGAGCUUCAACAGCUUGGCAUUUGCACUGAGCCAGUUAGGAGACCAUGAGGCUGCCAGGGACAACUUCCUUCAUGCCCUCCAGGCUGCCAGGGACGCCGGGGACAUGAAGGGACAAUGGCAAGCAUGCGAGGGGCUGGGGGCAGCAGCAGCCAGGCUGGGACAGCAUGCUCAGGCCUUGGAGCACUAUAAGGAGGCACUCAUACACUGCCAGAAGGAGCCAGAUUCUGUGCGACAGCGGCUGGUGGCCAAGUUGGUGGAUGCCAUGAGGACCCAUGUGGCCCUGGGCAGUCUGGCCCAGGCUCGAACCCUGGCUCCACGCGGGGCCUGCCCAGUGGGUGCCCCAGCAUUGGUCACUACAGAAGCGCUGGCACCACCGCCACACAGCACACCCAGAAGGCCUAGGGGACCAGCCAGCCGAAGUCCUGAGAGGAGAGUCCUGGAGUCUUGCUUCUGCACCAUCAUGUGACACCAACUCUUGCUCCUUGUGCCUCCUUCCCAACUUAACACAUUCCAGGGACUUCUGAGACCAAGCAUCUUCCUAUUGGUUCAGCCUCACAUGGACAUAGAGCCACCAGCUGCCAGAUGGCCUCCUGAGUGGGCUUGACACAGACUCUACGGUCCCUGCAUCCAGACCCUCCAGUGCUUCUCAACAGGAAUGAUUGGAUCCAGUAGGAAAAGCAGCUUGGGAGGUGACACACGGCUGAGUUUGAUCUCUAGCAUUACGAGUGAUCGAGUGAUACUCUGGCUUUGACACUUUCUCCCACCCUGCUAUCAUUACAGAUUAAGGAAAGGAAAAUAAGGGAGCAUGUGGUGGUGCACACAGUAUAGUGCAUGUGUUAUCAUGCUUAAGACCUAGGUUCAAGCCUCCUGGUCCCCGCCUGCGAGGAAGCUUCACGAGCAGUGGGAC